AAAGAUGGCGGAAGGAGGAGCGGCAGAUCUGGAUACCCAGAGAGGAGAAGUCGCAGCACUGCUGAAAACACAGCUACGAAAGGGAGAUACUUGGUAAGAGUUUGCCGAUAACUUUUUAAAGGUCUUAGGAGGGUGUUGGCUGACUCUGUCGGGGCGGUCAAAGUGCUAAACCAGCGGAGAGCGGGUGUGACAGGCCGUGUUGACAGUUACCCUGCCAGUUAACGUGAGCAAGUCAGUCAGCUUCUGCCAGCUAAAGCUAGCCAGCGGGUUCGCUACAUUCCACAGUUUUUAGUGACCAAGUUAUUUGCCAACAUGGUAUUGUCUAGAUACAUAGUUAUGUUACCAACGUAGCUAGUAAAGUACAUGUAUUUUCCCAAUUAUUUCAGUUUCAUGAUCUUGCGAUUCCAAGCUGGCUAACUUGAUUUCAAGUGGUUUGCCCGUGACGUGAGCUCAUCUGGCAAAUCAGGGUCGUGAAAAGCACCUGUCAAAAUUGCUUAACUUGCGAACUCGCUAACACACUCACAAAUGUGCCAGUAUCAAACAGUUAGCUGCUGACAAUUGAUGUUUAGUGACAAUCAAGUGUCCCAACUAGCUAACUUUUGGCAAGCUCCCACUGUUAGCAAGCAUCUGUUUUAUGAUAAUUGUAACAUUCCUUACAUUGUUUAACGUUACUCUAUCAAAUUAAUGUUAUUUUUUAACUAAUCAUAACAGAUCAGCUGCUGGUCAUUCUGAAAUAAACCAUUUGUCUCGAGUUCUUGUCUCCUCUAAUUAGCAAAGAUGAUCUGAAUGAGAAACACAGUGGAGACUUAUGUAACCUGAGGUCUUUCUCUCAGCCCUGCUGGUUAGUGGGUACCCUGCCUGUACUUUGGUGCUUCACACGUUUUGUUAUUUUUUUUGUGUUAUUUUUUUACUUAUCAGAUACCAUCUGUUACCACAAAUUAGAUCUAGUCUAGCGUGAUCUCAGAUCUAAAUAAUCAGUGCUCUCUCUCGCUCUUUCUGCAUAGGUACCUAGUGGACAGCCACUGGUUCAAACAGUGGAAGAAAUAUGUGGGCUUUGACAGCUGGGACAAAUAUCAGAUGGGAGACCAGAAUGUCUACCCUGGACCAGUGGACAACUCGGGGCUCCUUACAAGUGGUAAGAUGCACCACAAUCAGACCUCUUUGAAGCAAUAUUUAUUGUCAAUCUCUGGAGAGAUUAGUGAAAAUGGUGACUUCAUAAUGUGCUCUUUUACUCACUUCAUAACAUGCUCUUUUACUCAUCCCCAGUGUGUCUGGAUGAACCCACCACUGUUUUGCGCAGUACAGGAUGUUUAGAGUGAACAACAUGAUGUAUCUUACCUAAUAUAUCAAACUAAAGGCAGUUAUACUUGCAAUUUCUAUAGGCUAACUAUGACAGAAAAAGUAGGUAUAUAAUUGACUCUGUAAACAUCAAUGAAAAUGGUCAAGGGUAGCUUACCUCCGUUCUAUAGAAAUCUCUCUGUUGCUUUGUGUGUUAUUGUAUGAGAAACUGCCAUUAUGAGUAGGCCACCACCAGAAACCUAGUGAAUGACUCCAUUAUAACCCUACCCAUACAUAGUCCUGUAAUGUUUCCCUUAAAUAAACCCUCUUUCACCACUAAACCUGGGUCAUAUUCAUUAUGACAAACAAACAAGCAAAAAUGAAUGUUUGUUAUUGGCCAGGUUCAGGUAGUCCUUCCGUGUCAGUCCAUUUUCUUCUGUUUGUUGCCUAAUGAACAUGACCCUGUUCUCUCUCUCGCUCUCUGUUGUGAGUAGAUGGGGAUGUUCUGGCCAUCAAGGAGCACCUCAUUGAUGAGCUGGACUACAUCCUGGUCCCAACAGAAGGCUGGAAUAAGCUAGUGAGCUGGUAUGCACUGAUGGAGGGACAAGAGCCUGUCUCACGCAAGGUAAGGAUGGGUGACAUUAUUAGUGGCUAAUUAUGGCUGGUGUGGUCCAAUAUCUUGUUGUUUUUAAAUGGUCAAAUAAAAUAAUGUUCAGCUACUGUAUGGGUAUAAGAGCUGGUUGUGUACAGUGCACAUAGCGUCAGUGCUACAGAGGUCAUCAGAUGAAAGAGAAGCUCAGUCAAAGCUCAGGUACUUUAUGUGAAGUGGUGAAUAGUAUGAGAUAAGAUCAUAUCAGUACACAAUUACAUGUCAAUGGUUGCCGUUAAGCCUGUUUGUUGAUAGCCUACUCGUAGCUGAAGAGCUUAUUGUGGUGUGAGAGGAGUAAUUGAGAAGUUUCACUGUGUCAAAAUCUUGGAUGUGUUCUAUAGGGUUGGAUUGAUCAAUACACUUCAACACAGGUCAGAUUGGGAUGAUUGUGAAAAAGGAUACCAGGAUAACGUUGAUUUCUAUAUCGAUAUUAAGGCCUACCCAGCUAGUAACUGAAUCUCAAGCAUAAGUUAUCUCAAUGUUUAGGCUAUGCCUCUCUCACUAUGUCUUCUUCAAGAGAAACACAGCUGGACUGGUCAUGCGAUUUGAUACAAUUUAGCUACCGGUAUUCCAAAUAUGCUAGCUAUUAUUUGUAAUACAUGGACUGAAAGUAGCAUGCUGUAUAAGGACUUGAUUAGUUUUUAAAAUGUAAAGUGGACCGAUCACAGAUGCUUACUGAUGCAAUAUUGUCCUCAGAAGAUCAGAUUUUAUAAAGUGGAAGUAGACUACAUUGAUAUUAUGUAGUUGCUUUUUUAUACAGUGUGCUUUGGGUUUAACUCUGACAACUGACUCCAGUAUAAGCCAGUAACUCACAAAAGGAUUGUGUUCCUGGAAACACCGGCAAAGGGGUUCUGCUAACGUAGGGCUAUUUCUAACCGCUAACUGCCAGCCGGGCCUACUGUACUUCCGUGAGCCCAGACAUAGCUUUCUGCAUUUUCAAAUCUAGCCAGUCAUGGCAUCAUGGCUGCUGCACUGCUUUCUUUUUCUCCCCCCAUCGAUCCUCCCCUUUUUGCCAUGUAUGUUGUGGGGGGUAUCGAGUGGCCCUGGCCGUUUCUAUUUUCAGAUAGUGGUCUGGAUGACUGAAACACCGCUACAUGGAGCGAGCUACGAGACACAACAUGCAGGAGGUUUUCUUUUCUUUCUAUUUCACUUUUGGGGGUUCUUGUACCGUGUUUUCAGACUGUGUUGGAAUUGAUUUUCUGGGUUCUCCUCUUGCGGUUCCACUCGGGUUCUCUACCUUGAGGCUAUCACCCGGGGAGUGAUUCUAGAGUGUCCUUGUUUUUUGAAGUGGAGGAAUGCUGGCUGAGGUCAAACCGAGAGAGAGAGGCUUUUUAAGAUAGAGGGAGAGAUGGCCUAGCCUAAGCAGAAAGGGAGGGGGCGGGGUAGAUCUGUUCUCGUUGGUUCUUAACAUAGCUGUUAAAGAACUUUGUGACAUUUCUGUUAUGUCAGAGUUUGUUACUGUGAGAACUUGCAACUUGCCUUUUCUCUGCUUUGUGUUGAACACAUGGCUGGGCAUUAAUUGUAUAAGGAUGGCAGUGGGUGGUGUCUGGUGGUGGGUGAAUCUGACCCAUGCCUACAGCUGAUCUCAUGGGCUGGGGAAGGUCUGUACCCUGUGGUGUGGGGCCAGCCACCAGCGGAGGGGCUGUGUGAAAUGAAUAGGAAUGGACCCUUCAGCUGUCUCUACGCUCUGGGGCUAUAUUAAGAGUCUUUGUGACUCGCUCCUGUCAAGGGAGUUAGAAAGUGUAGCCUAUAGUUUAUACACUUAAAGUGCUUUCAGUGUAUAGAUAGCCCUAUUAACUGUGUAGCCAAAUUCUUAGCUUGUUGUUGAUUUGUCCCAAAUAAUGUGCUUGAUUAUUCUAAUGCCAUAUGCUGUGUUCUUUAGUUCUUGUUUUCUUGGUGGAAUUUGUGAAUGCUUCUCUGUUCACUGUUGAAGCGUUUUAGGAAGUUCAUACUUGUGAUCAAUCAGCCAUGCAAAUCUUGCCCGUAUUGGAACAAUGUCAUGAUGAGUUUAAUUAGCAAUGCAUAUGCCAUCAUGUAUGACAAACGCUUUGAACAAAAUGUAAUGAGUUUAAUUGCUAAAAUUGUAACAGAGUGAUGCCUAUUUUCUUCUCAUGCCAUCUGUCAUGUAAGACAACUUUAACAUUGUCAAGUGUUUAAUUUGCAAAACAAACAUUUGUUAAUAAUUUAGUUUAUUUCCUCUUGUGCAAUGUGCCAUGAUAUAAGACACUCUUUAUUGCCAUAUUUCUACAGGUGGUAGAACAGGGUAUGUUUGUAAAGCACUGCAAGGUGGAGGUGUACCUCACAGAGCUGAAGCUGUGUGAAGACCGCAACAUGGACAACGUGGUCACCAGACGCUUCAGCAAAGCAGACACGAUAGGUAGGCAGACACUUUUCUUCUCCCUGACAGAAUGAAUGGAGCAGAUUAUAUCUUUAUUUUGAAGAAAUUUGUCUCUUUUCCUCAUGGGUAAUUUCCACCUGUUUUCUACCUGCCAUUAUAAUAUAAUAGUAUGCCCUUCAGCCUGCGCUUUUAUCUGUAGGGACUUAUAGUCAUGCGUGCACGUAUGGGUAGGCCUAGUCCUGGGCGUCAAACCCAUGCUCUACCAAGCACCAUGCUCUACCAACUGAGCUAUAGAGUACCAUUGGUAUAACCAUUAUAUUCAUUGUACAGUUAAACCUGACAAAUGUAGCAACUGGCCUCUUCUCCCAGCCAGAGAAUGAAUGAAUAAAUCAUUCCCAUCCAUUAACCACCAGUCAUAGUGAUUGUACAGGAGAACCUCUCUUCUACCUGACACAGAAUGAAUUACUAAUAUAUUUGUUUUGAAAUGCACAGAAGCUCUCCUUUUUCCUCUUUGUGGAUCAAUUCCACUCAUUUUCUACCUGACAUUAGGAUUGUGUAUUUAUAACCUGACAUGUUCUGUAGUUCUUAAUUUGACUUGUUGAUUAUAUAGUGCAUCAUUGCUCUUAGUUAUUUCACUGAUAAUACUAACAUCUUUUGUUCAGUUUAUGCAAAUUGAAUGCAUUGCCGAGCCUUUUAAUGGUCAAUUUAAACAGUGAAAUCACAGGGGAAGGUCAUUGAUAACUCUCAAAGUGUUUGUCAACCUCUUAUGUAAACUGAAUUUGCUUUUGGCUACAGCAAAAUGAUGUGCUCCCACAAGAACUGCCAAAACUCUGCUCCCUAAAGCACACACAAGUAAUCAACAAUUACAUGGGCAGGGAGUGUGUUACUAUAAAGUCAUUCAUUAAUCUGCUGCAUUCUUAGACCACUGCGGCCUCCCGAGAUCCUGGUUCGAAUCCAGGCUCUGCUGUAGCCGGCCGCAACCGGGAGACCAAUGGGGCGGCGCACAAUUGGCCCAGCGUCGUCCAGGGUAGGGGAGGGAAUGGCAGGCAGGGAGGUAGCUCAGUUGAUAGAGCAUGGCGUUUGCAACGCCAGGGUUGUGGGUUCGAUUCCCACGGGGGGCCAGUAUGAAAAUAAUAAUGUAUGCACUAACUGUAAGUCGCUCUGGAUAAGAGCGUCUGCUAAAUGACGUAAAUGUAACGUAAAUGUAAUGUAAAUGCUGCCAAUUUAUCAGAGCAUGAGAGAUUUAUACACUCAAUUAUUCUCUGCUCUAAGUAUGCAGGUGCAUGCGUGUAGUUUUGUCAGUUUGUCACCUACACUGAGUGUACAAAACAUUAACAACACCUGCUCUUUCCAUGACAGACUGACCAGGUGAAUCCAGAUGAAAGCAAUGAUCCUUUAUUGAUGUCAACUGUUAAAUCCACUUCAAUCAGUGUAGAUGAAGGGGAGGAGACCGGUUAAAGAAGGAUUUUUAAGCCUCGAGACAAUUGAGACACGGAUUGUGUAUAUGUACCAUUUGAGGGUGAAUGGGCAAGACAAAAGAUUUAAGUGCCUUUGAACGGGGUAUGGUAGUAGGUGCCAGGUGCACCGGUUUGUGUCAAAUGCUGCUGGGUUUUUCAUGCUCAACAGUUUCCUAUGUGUAUCAAGAAUGGUCCACCACCCAAAGGACAUCCAGCCAACAUGACACAACUGUGGGAAGCAUUGUAGGCAACAUGGGCCAGCAUCCCUGUAGAACACUUUCGACACCUUGUAGAUUCCAUGCGUCGACAAAUUGAAGCUGUUCUGAGGGCAAAAAGGUGGUGCAGCUCAAUAUUAUGGUGUUCCUAAUGUUUUGUACAGUCAAUGUAUGUGGCAUGUUGCUUAUUUGUUAUCUUUGUCCUAUAACCUCCUGUGAUGCAGACACCAUUGAGAAGGAGAUGCGUAAACUGUUCAGCAUCCCAGACGAGAAAGAGACCAGGUUGUGGAACAAGUACAUGAGUAACACGUUCGAGCCUCUGAACAAACCGGACAACACUAUACAGGACGCAGGACUCUACCAAGGACAGGUAUAAAAUAACCCUCGGAUACCAGGCUAUUUAUACAUUAAUGUUUCUACUUCCUGUCCUGUCAUUGCACCAGUUAUAUAGGGCCUAGAUUAUUCCAGACCAUGCAAACUGACAAGGAAACUCUCUAUUCUCUUGUUACUAGGAAUGGCGCCGGAGGGUAUGGCUGCUGUUUUACGGGCUCCGAACCAAUUGUGCUAUUUUGUGUUUUUUCAUAUUGUUUGUCACUUAUUUUGUACAUAAUGUUGAUGCUACCGUCUCUUAUGACCGAAAAGAGCUUCUGGAUGUCAGAACAGUGAUUACUCACCUCGAACUGGACAAAGAUGUUUUCUUUAAUGAGUCUGACACAAAGGAUAUAAUGUUGCUCCCAGACAAGGCCCAAAUCCCUGUCAUUCACAUUAAGAAAAUAAGGAAAUACAGGGGGCGGAGAUUAGGGUGCAUUGUGAGAAUUCGUCGACGAGUGGGUAACCCGCCUCUGCACGUUGGCUAAUAGAACGGAUGGUAAUCACUGGAGAAUAAACUGGAUGAGCUCCAUUCGAGACUAUCCUACCAACGGGACAUUAAAAACUGUAAUAUCUUAUGUUUCAUGACUCAUACAGUUAGCUGGAUUUUCCGUGCAUCGGCAGGACAGAACAGCUACGUCUGGUAAGACGAGGGGUGGGGGUGUGUGUCUAUUUGUCAAUAACAGCUGGUGCAUGAUGUCUAAUAUUAAGGUAGUCUCGAGGUAUUGCUCGCCUGAGGUAGAGUACCUCAUGAUAAGCUGUAGACCACACUAUCUAUCAAGAGUUUUCAUCUAUAUUUUUUGUAGCCGUCUAUUUACCACCACAAACAGACGCUGGUACUAAGACUGCACUCAACGAGCUGUAUAAGGCCAUAAGCAAACAAGAAAAUGCUCAUCCAGAAGCGGCACUCCUAGUGGCCGGGGACUUUAAAGCAGGCAAACUUAAAUCUGUUUGACCUACUUUCUACCAGAAUGUCACGUGCAACCAGAGGAAAAAAAACUCUAGACCACCUUUACUCCACACACGGAGAUGCGUACAAAGCUCUCCCUCGCCCUCCAUUUGGCAAAUCUGACCAUAAUUAUAUCCUCCUGAUUCCUGCUUACAAGGAAAAACUAAAGCAGGAAGUACCAGUGACUCGCUCAAUACGGAAGUGGUCAGAUGACGCGGAUGCUACGCUACAGGACAGUUUUUCUAGCACAGACUGGAAUAUGUUCCGGGAUUCAUCCAAUGGCGUUGAGGAGUAUACCACCUCAGUCACUGGCUUCAUCAAUAAAUGCAUCGAUGACAUCGACCCCACAGUGACCGUGCAUACAUAUCCCUCAGACGAACCAUCAAACAGGCAAAGCUUCAAUACAGGACUAAGAUUGACUCCUACUACACCGGCUCGUGGGAUGUGGCAGGACUUGCAAACUAUUACGGACUACAAAAGGAAAAUCAGCCGCGAGCAGUCCAGUGACACGAGCCUACCAGAUGGGCUAAAUGCCUUCGAGGCAAGCAACACUGAAGCAUUCAUGAGAGCACCAGCUGUUCCGGACAACUGUGUGACCACGCUCUCCAUAGCCGAUGUGAGCAAGACCUUUAAACAGGUCAACAUUCAGACGGAUUAUCAGGACGUGUACUCGGAGCAUGCGCGGACCAACUGGCAAGUGUCUUCACUGACAUUUUCAAGCUCUCCCUGACCGAGUCUGUAAUACUUACCUACAUGUUUUAAGCAGACCACCAUAGUCCCUGUGCCCAAGAAAGGGAAGGUAACCUGCCUAAAUGACUACCGCCCCGUAGCACUCACAUCCGUAGCCAUGAAGUGCUUUGAAAGACUGGUCAUGGCACACAUCAACACCAUUAUCCCGGAAACCCUAGACCCACUCCAAUUUGCAUACAUCCCCAACAGAUCCAGAGAUAAUGCAAUAUCAAUCGCACUCCACACAGCCCUUUCCCACUUGGACAAAAGGAACACCUAUGUGAGAAUGCUGUUCAUUGACUACUGUUCAGCGUUGAACACCAUAGUGCCCACAAAGCUCAUCUCUAAGCUAAGGACCCUGGGACUAAACACCUCCCUCUGCAACUGGAUCCUGGACAUCUUGACAGGCUGCACCCAGUUGGUAAGGGUAGGCAACAACACAUCUGCCACGCUGAUCCUCAACACGGGGGCCCUUCAGAGGUCCGUGCUUAGUCCCCUCCAGUACUCCCUGUUCACCCACGACUGUGUGGCCAAGCACGACUCCAACACCAUCGUUAAGUUUGCUGAAGACACAACGGUGCUAGGCCUGAUCACCGACAACGAUGAGACAGCCUAUAGGGAGGAGGUCAGAGACCUGGCAGGAGGGCCGAAAAUGCCCCCGUUCACAUCAACGGGGCUGUAGUGGAGUGGGUAGAUAGUUUCAAGUUCCUUUGUCCACAUCACCAACAAACUAAUCAUGGUCCAAACACACCAAGAAAGUCGUGAAGAGGGCACAACAAAUCCUUUCCCCCCUCAGGAGACUGAAUAGAUUUGGCAUUGGUCCCCAUAUCAUCAAAAAGUUAUACAGCUACACCCUCGAAAGCAUCCUGACCAGUUGCAUCACCCCCUGGUAUGGCAACUGCUCAGCAUCCGACCGUAAGACGCUACAGAGGGUAGUGUGUACAGCCCAGUACAUCACUUUGGCUAAGCUUCCUGCCAUCCAGGACCUACACUACCGUUCAAAAGUUUGGGGUCACUUAGACAUUUCCUUGUUUUCCAUGAAAACAUACAUGAAAUUAGUUUGAAUAGGAAAUAUAGCAAAAUGAAUAGGGAAUGUAGUCAUUGACAAGGUUAGAAAUAAUGAUUUUUAAUUGAAAUAAUAAUUGUGUCCUUCAAACUUUGCUUUCAUCAAAUAAUCCUCCAUUUGCAGCAAUUACAGCCUUGCAGACCUUUUGGCAUUCUAGUUGUCAAUUUGUUGGGGUAAUCUGAAGAGAUUUCACCCCAUGCUUCCUGAAGCACCUCCCACAAGUUGGAUUGGCUUGAUGUCCACUUCUUACGUACCAUACGGUCAAGCUGCUCCCACAACAGCUCAAUAUGGUUGAGAUCCGGUGACUGUGCUGGCCACUCCAUUAUAGACAGAAUACCAGCUGACUGCUUCUUCCCUAAAUAUUUCUUGCAUAGAUUGGAGCUGUGCUUUGGGUCAUUGUCCUGUUGUAGGAGGAAAUUGGCUCCAAUCAAGCGCCAUCCACAGGGUAUGGCAUGGCAUUGCAAAAUGGAGUGAUAGCCUUCCUUCUUCAAGAUCCCUUUUACCCUGUACAAAUCUCCCACUUUACCACGACCAAAGCACCCCCAGACCAUCACAUUGCCCCCACCAUGACAGAUGGCAUCAAGCACUCCUCCAGCGUCAUUUAAUUUAGUCUGCGUCUCACAAAUGUUCUUCUUUGUGAUCCGAACACCUCAAACUUCGAUUUGUCUGUCCAUAACACUUUUUUCCAAUCUUCCUCUGUCCAGUGUCUGUGUUCUUUAGCCCAUCUUAAUAUUUUCUUUUUAUUGGCCAGUCUGAGAUAUGGCUUUUUCUUUGCAACUCUGCCUAGAAGGUCAGCAUCCCGGAGUCGCCUCUUCACUGUUGACGUUGAGACUGGUGUUUUGCGGGUACUAUUUAAUGAAACUGCCAGUUGAGGACCUGUGAGGCAUCUGUUUCUCAAACUAGACACUAAUGUAUUUGUCCUCUUCCUCAGUUGUGCACCGGGGCCUCCCACUCCUCUUUCUAUUCUGAUUAGAGCCAGUUUGCGCUGUUCUGUGAAGGGAGUAGUACACAGUGUUGUACGAGAUCUUCAGUUUCUUGGCAAUUUCUCACAUGGAAUAGCCUUCAUUUCUCAGAACAAGAAUAGACUGACGAGUUUCAGAAGAAAGUUAUUUGUUUCUAGCCAUUUUUAGCCUGUAGUCGAACCCACAAUUGCUGAUGCUCCAGAUACUCAACUAGUCUCAAGAAGGCCAGUUUUAUUGCUUAUUUAAUCAGCACAACAGUUUUCAGCUGUGCUAACAUAAUUGCAAAAGGAUUUUCUAAUGAUCAAUUAGCCUUUUCAAAUGAUAAGUUUGUCUCUCCAUUUCUCUCAUGUCAUGUGGUCCUCUCUAGCUCAGCUGGUAGAGCACGGCGCUUGUAACGCCAAGGUAGUGGGUUCGAUCCCCGGGACCACCCAUACACAAAUGUAUGCACGCAUGACUGUAAGUCACUUUGGAUAAAAGCAUCUGCUAAAUGGCAUAUUAUUAUUAUUAUUAUUAUUAUUAUUAUUAUUAUUAUUAUUAUUAUAAUCUUGGAUUAGCAAACACAACCUGCCAUUGGAACACAGGACUGAUGGUUGCUGAUAAUGGGCCUCUGUACGCCGAUGUAGAUAUUCCAUAAAGAAUCAGCCAUUUCCAGCUACAAUAGCCAUUUACAACAUUAACAAUGACAACACUGUAUUUCUGAUCAAUUUGAUGUUAUUUAAUGGAUGAAAAAAUUGCUUUUCUUUAGAAAACAAGGACAUUUCUAAGUGACCCCCAAACGUUUGAACGGUAGUGUAUAUACUAAAAGGAAGGCCCUAAAAUUGUCAAAUACUCCAGUCACCCAAGUCAUAGAAUGUUCUCUCUGCUACCACAUGGCAAGCGGUACCGGAGUUCCAAGUCUAGGUCCAAAAGGCUCCUAAAAAGCUUCUACCCCCAAGCCAUAAGACUGCUAAACAAAUUAUCAAAUGGCCACCCACUGCUGCUACUUGCUGUUUAUCUAUGCAUAGUCACUUUCCCCCUACCUACAUGUACAAAUUACCUCGACUUAGUAAAUGUUUUCUUAAAACUGCGUUGUUGGUUAAUGGCUUCUAAGUAAGCAUUUCACGGUAAGGUCUACACAUGUUGUAUUCGGCGCAUGCGACAAAAAAAAAAAAAAAAAAAGGAUUAGUCUAUAAGUAGGUUCUGGAGUUUUUCCUGGUCAGGUGAGGUCACAUGCUUGGGGAAAAGUCAAGGACCGUAAUAAUAGUGUACGUCAGUGGUCAGAUGUAAAUCCUAGUAUUAAUUGUCACAGGUUUGUCCAUUAACCAGCUCAAAUUUCAGCUUUAUGGUUUUGUACAUAUACUGAACAAAAAAUAAACGCAACAUGCAACAAUUUCAAAGAUUUUACUGAGUUACAGUUCAUAUGAGGAAAUCAGUUAAUUUAAAUUAAUUAAUUAGGCCCUAAUCUAUGGAUUUCAUAUGACUGGGAAUACAGAUAUGCAUCUUUUGGUCACAAAUAACUUAAAAGAAAUGGACCUCACAAUGGGCCUCAGGAUCUCGUCACGGUAUUUCUGUGCAUUCAAAUUGCCAUCGAUAAAAUGCUAUUGAGUUUGUUGUCCAUAAUGUAUUUCUGCCCAUACCAUAACCCCACCGCCACCAUGGAGUACUCUGUUCACAACGUUGACAUCAGCAAAUCGCUCGCCCACACAACGCCAUACACGUGACGUGGUCUGCGGUUGGGAGACCGGUUGGACGUAUUGUUAUGUUUCCAUAUAUUUAUAUGUGUAUUAUGUUUCUAUUUCUGAUAUCCAUACAGGUCCUGGUAAUAGAGCAGAAGAAUGAGGAUGGAUCGUGGCCUAGAGGUUCCUCUGCACCUAAGUGAGUGUGUCUGGCUGUGUCCUUGACCUUAGGUUAUGGGAGUGAGGAGCUGGACUUCCAAUUAGAAAUGACUCCCACUUUGCCUGGGGAUUGCAAGACAUAGGUUCUUCUGAGGAUGAGCUUUCUCUAUACUGGUCUGUUCUGCUAAGUUUGUUUCAUACAUUCAAUGUAUACCUUUAUAUUCAACCCAGCAGACCCUUAUGAUUAUUUUAGCUACUACUUUCCUACUGUCUUUCGUCUUUGAAUUUCAACUCCAUAUCAUAUAUUUGCCUCUAUCCUAUUUGCUUGGCUUUAGUUGCUGACAUAUCUCUUAUCGUUUAACCUGGGGGUUUUCAAACUUUUCUUGCCCAGGGACCCCCGCCCAGGCAAACCGGUGACAUAGGGACCUCCAUAACACAUUAGCAAAAUAAAAAAGAAUGUCUUGUCUCAUCAGGUGAAUGAUAAUGGCAGGUAGAAGUAAUCAACAUUUUAAAAUGAAUAGAUUUGGUAAACAGUUUCAUUAUUUUGACCUCACCACAGUUCAUUGGAAGAGGAAGGGUAAACUCCAACAUAUAGUCUAUUAGCUAGAAAGGUAUCUUGGCGGCGUAGAGAAAAUGUUUCUGUUUCAAAGCACAUUUUCUGCAAUUCUAAAAAUAAAAUAAAAUCCAUUGAGCUGAGAGAAUUUUGCAGUUUUGAAUCAAAUUUCCAGCAAUUCUACAUAGUUUGGCAUGGAGCUGAGAGACAAUUUUACUGUUUUUAAAGCACAUUUCUUGCAAUUCUAUGCAUUUUGCCAUCCCUAAAAUUACCAUUUAGAUGGCCCGCCUAAGAAUUUUCUAUACAGAACAAACCCUGUGAUUAGCUCCAUUUACUACAACUUCCUCCAUUUUAAGGGGAUAGUUUGAGAUUUUGGCAAUGAAGCCCUUUAUCUACUUCCCCAGAAUCAGAGGAACAGCAAGCAUGCUAACUGUUCCUGUAGACUUCCAGUCAUUGCACUAACACUAGUUAGCAUUGGCUUGUGAAACUACCUUUAACUUACUUCAUACUGGACGCAGAGACAUCAAAAUGUUAUCCACAAUGGUAUUCUGUUGCAGCUUGCGAUAAUCAUAAAAAUCGCAGACCCCCUGCACUACCUGGCCUCAGUUUGAAAACCCCUGGUUUAACCCAUUUCCAUACUUUUUGAAUUAAUGCUCACCUCUCAAAAUCUUCUUCUUUGAGAGCCUUUAUCCUUUCUAACUCAUGAUAUUCUUUAUCUUUUGAAGGUUAUCUGGUGCUUCCAAUCUUUCUGCUUUGCCAAAGAUCUCCCCUUCAUCUCUCACAAACAAUCAUAACAGCAGCUUCAACAGCAGGAAGUAAGGACUAGUGAGCGUAGAGGGGGUUGUCUUAUUGACUGAUUGGGCUGGGGCACAUAGAGCCAUAGAGAUACACUACAGAGUUCAGCAAACUGAUGAAGAUGUCGAGUUUUGAACGGCAGCCAUCUUGGCACCAAAGGUUCUAUCUAGGCAAGGAGUGCAAAUUAGAAUGUUAUUGAUAUAAUGGAAUGUUUGGUGCUAAUAUGGAGGAUAGUUUGUGGAACUCUGUACAUCUAUGGCUCUGGGUUUAGGCUUGAGGUGGUAAUGCAGUGAUUUGCAGUUGCCUGCAUGGUUUAUGGCUUUCAUCUGUCGUUUUCACUUUUCACAGCAGUGUUCUCCAUCAUGGGACUGAAGACCUUCUGCGUAUUAAACUGUAUUUGAAUGUCAUCUCAGAUUAAAUCAUAAUCUAUUGACGGAAUUAUGGAUUGAUUGACAUUUCAAUCUUAACUAACAAGAUUCAAGGAAAGUAAUUGUAUGUGAGUGGUUCUAGUGAGAAUCAAUAGCUAGUGUGAACCUCAUGCAACCCAGAAACUCUGAGUCCUAAGUUGGACACCACUGCUUAAUGUAUGUAGCACACUUACGGUCCGAGCACAUCACUGUUUUCACCAUUGCACACUGUAAUGGUAGAUUUAUGUCCAUAUUGUCUUCUUGUAUCUGUGGAAUCCAUGGUGGUGAUGUUGGAAUAGGAUCUCCCUGCAGUCUCCCUGCAGAUCCCCUUCCUGUCAACCCACUCCUCACUGUACAGCGCCAGCUUGGUCCGCUCUGUGAUUGAAUAAUGGAUAAGGUGCUAUUUUAAUCUUGGCUGUUUCAAACCAGGAUUAAGUACGCAAGGAUGGCUCUCUGUCUUUGACUGUUUGAUUGUGGAUAGGAUAUAACGCAGGCUGAGGCUAUCAUAGCCUGGGUGGGACUAGAUGCAGUUGUUCUGAGCUACUCUCCCUAGACUCCCUGUGUACGGUAACAGUCCUCUCUCUCGCGCUUUCGCCGCUCUCUCUCUCUCUCUCGCUCUCUUACACGUUUCUCUCUGAGCUCAUUGUGCUUUAUAUUCUGCAGUCCCUGUGUGACCUUCAGAAUGCAUUUCAUCUGCGCUCUCCCCCUUUCCCUCUCUCCAUCUCCACCCCCUCUCUCUCUCCUGGCUGCGACACAGAUGCCUACUUAAUUAUUCUCCUCUCAUCCUCCUCCAGCUAUGCUCUCUACUCUGGCUACAGUAGAUUCUUAAGGAGACCCAGCUAUAUGAAUACCUAAUUGCAUAUUAAAGAAGCUAGCUAGCUACUAGAGAAAGUAGCUGUCUAUUUGGCCAUGAUACAUUCUGCAGCCUCAGCAGGAAUUAUCUGCUGUCAGGCCCCCUCUGUCACCCCCCUCUGCUAUUUACCCUCCUCCUUUCUCUUGAGCUCUCUCCAUCUGUCUUUCUUUCCUUUACCCAUCCGUCUCUCUCCUGUACCCCUUCCUCUCUCUCUCUUUCUCCUGUACCACUCUCUGUACUCCACCUCUCUUCUCUCUUGUCUCUCAUUUGCUCUUGUCCCCACUCUCCCACUCUCUCUUGUCCCCCUCGCUCGCUCUCCAUCUGUGUAACUCUACUUCCUGAAGCGGAUUCUUGAGCAUCGUCGUAUCUUAGCUAGCUGCUGCUAUAAAUAGGCUAUCCUGUGGUAGCAGCAGGGCGGAGCAGAACACACAUCAGGGCAGGAGCAGGGGGAUGCUAGGGGACGGGGCAGGGUAGGGGAUGACACCAUCACACAGCAGGGCCCGGAGAGAGAGCGAGGAGAGGCACUGCAAAACUUCAACUGUGACUGACUGACGGAGGGAGGAGGCUUCUCGUUAGCUGUGUGUGACUGUGUUGCGCUCGGUACGGGUUGGGCCUCGCUUACUGUUCCUCUCUGCUGCGUAUCUGAACUGAACUGGGACUGAGUUCUUGGACCAAGGUCUGGGCAAGGAGUGGACUGAGCUGAGCUACAACUGGGCUAGAACUGGACUCAGGUUGAGUUCUGGGCUUUGGGACUGGAUUAGGGCUGGAUCGAACUAAGCCCGGGACUAGGACUAGGGCCGAGUUAUGGAGAUGGAUUUUGUGAGGCCGGUGUCGAAUGGUUAAAGCGUUUGAGAUGAGAUGCUCCUGUGCUGCUGGUGGUGCCUGAGGACAGAGCUGAGGACAGAGCUGAGGACGAACGCCUCGACAGUAGAUUUAGACAGGAGCAGGGUGGUGGUGGAGAGAGCGCUGAGCUGUGAGCAGGCUGCUAAUGCUAACACUUCUACUGCUGGGGCCGGUGGUGGUAUUACUGGUGGUGCUGCUACACCACCCCUCGAUCAAUGGGACACCGCUUCGCCCCACUCCCAGAGGUCUGACUGUUACUGCUGUUGCAAGGCCUUUUGCUGUACCUCAAGGCUUUAGGGUUGAGGCUAUAUGCAAAGUGUGUUGUCUUUAAGUUGUGCUGACUGUGUCCUCAGGUUUAGAGUAAUUAUUGGGCGCUAGGGUUGGGUGGUGACAACCUUUGUAUUAUCGUGAUAAUGUACUCAUAAAACAUUGUGAUAGAUUCAUAUAUCGCCCCCAUUGGCCAUGCCCCCAAAAAGUUAAAUAAAUAACAAAUAAAAAUACAUUUUAAAGCAUCCGCUAAAACAACAGUUGGGCUGUAGCGCGAAAUUGAAUGCAACUGUAUGGAUUUUGACAAAAUAUGUUGUUGAAAGCCUGGGCAGAGGCUAAGUUCAGGCAAUGGCAAAAAUAUUUUCUAAUAUUCCUUUCUGGUGGAGGAGUAAAACAUGUCGUCUAUGUGGAGCGGUGACUGUCUGAUGAUGAACGAGCUGCCUUACUGUAGUGAGCUAGGUUACAGGCCAAAUCAAACGACUUCCUUAGCGCUAUGGCAGACUCUUAUUAGUGAUCACGCUAAAUUCUGGAAAACUGUUAAUUCACUGAAGCUGUGUAAUUCCUCUACUUCCCUGCCUAAGCAGUUUCCUGCAUCAUUACUGAAAAAGUUAAGAUUUAUAAUGCUUUUAAUCAGCAUUUUAUCUCAGCUGGUUUCCUGUUUGAAAGAAAUGGUGGUCAUACUGGUCUUGGCCAGUCAGUUGACUGUUCUUCCCACAUAUAGCCUCCAGUUGCCUCGCUGGAUGAUCAGUCAACUUUACGUAAUUUGGGAAAUGGUAGUCUCUGUUUUUCUUUUUGGCAACUCACAGAAACAGAAGUUAUUGCUGCCUUAUUAGCUAUUGACACCAAGAAAUCAUUAGGGGCUGACAAUUUGGACCCGCCUUUGCUUAAGUAUGCAGUGCCUCUCAUUGCUGGCUCAGUAACACACAUUUGUUAUUUAACUUUAUUAUCAGGAAAUAUUUCAAAAGUGUGGAAAGCAGCUUUGGUGCUACUACUCCAUAAGGGUGGGGAAAGUAGUGAUCUCGAUCAUUAUCAACCCAUUUCCAGGCUCCCCUGUCUUGCGAAAAUACUAGAAUCAUUGGUCCACAAACAGCUACGUUAUUUUCUAUCUGUAAAUUGUAUUCUUAAUGUUAAUCAAUCCGGAUUCAGACCUAAACAUAGCACCACUACGGCUACCAUGCUUGUUGUAAAUUAUAUUGCAAAUGCCUUAGAAAGAAUUGUGCUGCCAUGUUUGUAAACUUGUUUAAAGCUUUUGAUACUGGAGACAAUGUUAUUCUGUUGAAUAAGCUGUCCUCGAUAGGGUUGGGUACUGACGCGUGCCGAUGGUUUCAUAAUUAUCUCAAUGACAGAACUCCAGCAACAAGGUAGAUGGAUCAAAUCUGAAUUCCUUGACUUACAUAAAAUAUUUUUUACAAUCUACAGUAAAUAAAUAACAUUGGUAAUGCUUAAAAAAAUAAAUAUAUAUAUACAGUUGAAGUCGGAAGUUUACAUUUUUAGUCAUUUAGCAGACGCUCUUAUCCAGAGUGACUUACAGUUAGUGAGUGCAUACAUUAUUAUUAUAUUUUUUUUUAAAUUAAAAAAUAAAUAAAAAUCUUACUGGCCCCCCGUGGGAAUCGAACCCACAACCCUGGCGUUGCAAACGCCAUGCUCUACCAACGGAGCUACAUCCCUGCCGGCCAUUCCCUCCCCUACCCUGGACGACGCUGGGCCAAUUGUGCGCCGCCCCAUGGGUCUCCCCGUCACGGCCGGCUACGACAGAGCCUGGAUUCGAACCAGGAUCUCUAGUGGCACAGCUAGCACUGCGAUGCACUGCGCCACUCGGGAGUUUACAUACACUUAGGUUGGACUCAUUAAAACUCAUUUUUCAACCACUCCACAAAUUUCUUGUUAACAAACUCUAGUUUUGGCAAGUCAUUUAGGACAUCUACUUUGUGCAUGACACAAGUAAUUUUUCCAACAAUUUGUUUACAGACAGAUUAUUUUUUAUAAUUCACUGUAUCACAAUUCCAGUGGGUCAGAAGUUUACAUAAACUAAGUUGACUGUGCCUUUAAACAGCUUGGAAAAUUCCAGAAAAUGAUGUCAUGGCUUUAGAAGCUUCUGAUAGGCCAAUUGACAUCAUUUGAGUCAAUUGGAGGUGAACCUGUGGAUGUAUUUCAAGGCCUACCUUCAAGCUCAGUGCCUCUUUGCUUGACAUCAUGGGAAAAUCAAAAUAAAUCAGCCAAGACCUCAGAAAACAAAUUGGAGACCUCCACAAGUCUGGUUCAUCCUUGGGAGCAAUUUCCAAACGCCUGAAGGUACCACGUUCAUCGGUACAAACAAUAGUACGCAAGUAUAAACACCAUGGGACCACGCAGCCGUCAUACCGCUCAGGAAGGAGACGCGUUCUGUCUCCUAGAGAUGAACGUACAAAAUAAAUGUCAUCAUGAGGAAGGAAAAUUAUGUGGCUAUAUUGAAGCAACAUCUCAAGACAUCAGUCAGGAAGUUAAAGCUUGGUUGCAAAUGGGUCUUCCAAAUGAACAAUGACCCCAAGCAUACUUCCAAAGUUGUGGUAAAAUGGCUUAAGGACAACAAAGUAAGGUAUUGGAGUGGCCAUCACAAAGCCCUGACCUCAAUCCUAUAGAUAAUUUGUGGGCAGAACUGAAAAGGCGUGUGCGAGCAAGGAGGCCUUCAAACCUGACUCAGUUACACCAGCUCUGUCAGGAGGAAUGGGCCAAAAUUCACCCAACUUAUUGUGGGAAGCAUGUGGAAGGCUACCCAAAACAUUUGACCCAAGUUAAACAAUGUAAAGGCAAUGCUACCAAAUACUAAUUGAGUGUGUGUAAACUUCUGACCCACUGGGAAUGUGAUGAAAGAAAUAAAAGCUGAAAUAAAUCACUCUCUAUUAUUUAUUCACAUUCUUAAAAUAAAGUGGUGAUCCUAACUGACCUAAGACAGGGAUUUUUUAGUAGGAUUAAAUGUCAGGAGUUGUGAAAAACUGAGUUUAAAUGUAUUUGGCUAAGGUGUAUGUAAACUUCCGACUUCAACUGUAUGUAAACUAUACAUACAAAGUAUGUGGACACCCCUUCAAAUUAGUCGAUUCCGCUAUUUGAGCCAUACCCGUUGCUGACAGGUGUAUAAAGUCGAGCACACAGCCAUGCAAACUCCGUAGACAAACAUUGGCAGUAGAAUGGCUUACUGAAGAGCUUUGUGACUUUCAACGUGGCACCGUCAUAGAAUGCCACCUUUCCAACAAGUCAGUUCUUCAAAUUUCUGCCCUGCUAGAGCUGCCCCGUCAACUGUAAGUGUUGUUAUUGUGAAGUGAAAACGUCUAGGAGCGACAACGGCUCAGCCACAGUGUGGUAUACUGCACAAGCUCACAGAACGGGACCGCCGAAUGUUGUUGCGCGUAAAUAUCAUCUGUCCUCAGUUGCAACACUCACUACCGAGUUCCAAACUGUCUCUGGAAGCAACGUCAUCACAAGAACUGUUCGUCGGGAGCUUCAUGAAAUGGAUUUCCAUGGCCAAGCAGCUGCGCACACAAGCCCAAGAUUACCAUGUGCAAUGCCAAGCGUCGGCUGGAGUGGUGUAAAGCUCGCCGCCAUUAGACUCUGGAGCAGUGGAAACGCGUUCUCUGGAGUAAUGAAUCACGGCAGUCCGACGGACGAAUCUGGGUUUGGCAGAUGCCAGGAGAAUGCUACCUUCCCCAAUGCAUAGUGCCAACUGUAAAGUUUGGUGGACGAGGAAUAAUUGUCUAUGGCUGUUUUUCAUGGUUCGAGCUAGGCCCCUUAGUUCCAGUUAAAGGAAAUCUUAAUGCUACAGCAUACUAUGACAUUCUAGACGAUUCUGUGCUUCCAACUUUGUGGCAACAGUUUGAGGAAGGCCCUUUCCUGUUUCAGCAUGACAAUUCCCCCGUGCACAAAGCAAGGUCCAUUUAGAAAUGGUUUGUCGAGAUUGCUGCACAGAGCCCUGACCUCAACCCCACCGAACACCUUUGGGAUAAAUUGGAACGCCGAUGGCGAACCAGGCCUAAUCGCCAAAAUCAGUGCCCGACCUCACUAAUGCUCUGUUGGUCCCCGCGGUAAUGUUCCAACAUCUAGUUGAAAGCCUUCCCAGAAGAGUGGAGGCUGUUAUAGCAGCAUAUUAAUACGCAUUAAUUUGGAAUGAGAUGUUUGACGAGCAGGUGUCCACAUACUUUUAGUCUUGUAGUGUGUAUCGUAACAUGUAAAGUGUUUGUCCCAUGUUGCAUGAGCUGAAAAAAUUAGUCCCAGGAAUGUUCCAUAUGCAUGUUCCAUAUUUCUCCUUUGCCAAGAUAAUCCAUCCACCUGACAGGUGUGGCAUAUCAAGAAGCUGAUUAAACAGCAUGAUCAUUACUGUCAAGUUCUGCGUGAUUUCUGGCUGACCACAGCUCUGCCCAAACUUGAAAACGGCUUUAUCCUUGAUGAACGCAAAGGACAACUCAAAACUGUUCACUUUAUGAUUUUUUAUUGUCAUAAAGAUGGAACAGAAUAGGUUGAUAACCUUCAAAACACACAAACAAAACCCCAUGGAUUAGUUACAAAUAACCCUCAAUUCCACUUUCUCAAAAAUAAGCAUAAACUAAUGUUACUGAAUCCUCAAACCUAACCAAACAAUCAUUUCAUCAUUUAGAUUAACCUAGGAUCAUUGCAAGUUAAUAAUUAAAUAUCAAUAUCAUAAUUAAACAUUUAACAAUACACAUGAUUAUAGUAACGUUACUGUCAAGUUCUACGUUCACAUAAUGAAGUCUUCACUAUUUAAUUUAAUUAAUAAUUGUAUUGUAUGUUACAACCAAACCAAAAGGGCAUAUAGAAGCAUGAAUUCACAACACAUUCUGUCCUACCAGUUGCGUCUUUGGAUGAUCAGGAGCUGUGGUCAUUGGUAUCUCUUCUCAGGAAUGAGUGAGAGCCAAGUAAGCUUUUACCAAACAUUUCGAUGCCAUGCACAUGCACUGCUUGUGGGUGCGCAGGUUAAUAUGGUCCCCAGAGCACUUCCUGGUGGUUGGUUUCAACAGCUCCGGUUGCAUGGUUGCCCCCUGCAGGUUGGGAGUGCUUUGAGCACCCUGGGUGGAUUUAGGCUUGAGUGCUCGGUAUAGCUUGUAGUCAGGAAUUGACACAACAAUUACACAGGUGCACCUUGUGCUGGGGACAAUAAAAGACAACUUUACAAUGUGCAGUUUUGUCACACAACACAACACAAUGCCACGUCUCAUCCAACCGGCCUCACAACAGCAGACCACGUGUAACCACACCAGCCCAGGACCUCCACAUCCGGCUUCUUCACCUGCAGGAUCGUCUGAGGGGUGGGGGUGUUGCUUAGGAGUAGUUCUGUCUGUAAUAAAUACCUUUUUGUGGGGGAUAACCUGAUUCUGAUUGGCUGGGCCUGGCUCCCCAGUGCGUGGAUCUGGCUCCCCAGUGGGUGGGCCUGACUGCCAAGUGGGUGGGCCUAUGCCCUCCCAGGCCCACACAUGGCUGCGCCCCUGCCCAGUCCUGAAAUCCAUAGAUUAGGGCGUAAUGAAUUUCUUUCAAUUGACUGAUGUCCUUAUAUGAACUGUAACUCAGUAAAUUCAUUAAUGUUGUUGCAUGUUGCGUUUUAUUUUUGCUAUUGUUUUUAUUUUCGACCAUCACAUCACGAUGUCACCAUCAAUGAUGGCUGUCAAUCGUCAAUAGACAAUGCUGUCGUAAUUUCGCCCAACCCUAUUGGGAGCUGUGCUAUAUACUGUAGGUGUUUUGUUUUUAUUGUGUAAUUGUGUUUUCCUAUUGUGUACCUUUCUCCCCACACUGAAUGAGAAGUUAGAAAUACCUUCUAAGAAGAAAUGGGGGUGGGCACUAGCCUUUGUAUUUAUUAAUGAUCCCAAUUACUCUUCCUGGGAUCCAAACAAGAUUAAGGCAAUUACAUAACAAAAAUAAAUUAAACAGUGUGUCAUGCAUACAGCACAUUAUUGCGCCACUACUCUAAGUACUUUAUGCCUGCAUUAGUUUGGUAAAAUUAUCCAGUAAGUCCAUGUUCUCUAUUUAUUCCUGACUGAUGUUAUGUAUCCUCUUCAGUGUGAAAAACUCUAGCUACAGCCUUCCGUCGUACCACCCGUAUAACAGCUAUGAGUGCUCCGAGGGCAGGCAGAGUGAGCAGGCUGGCCUGUGUGGUCUCUCCAACCUGGGAAACACCUGCUUCAUGAACUCUGCACUGCAGGUACCAUACCCUAACCCCUCAACUGUUAACGCUGAACUCUGGUGUGUAUGCAUUCGUUUUAAUUGUAUCUUGGCAGGAACAGCUGCGUUUAUUGAUUGACCUUUGGUAUUGUAUAUACUGUUGGUUUAGGUGAUUCCUUUGACUUGGAUUUUUCAUUUUGAUUUUCUCAUUCCCUGUCUCUUGCAUAUUUUACUGCUUAUUUUCCCAACUUUAAUCAUUUUUACGUAUUUUAUAUUUUUAUUUCUCAUUGUUUUUCUGCAGUGUUUAAGUAAUGUACCUCCUCUCACCGAGUAUUUCCUGAAAGACAAGUACAAAGAUGAGUUGAACGAGGACAACCCUCUGGGAAUGAAAGGGGAGAUCGCCAAGGCCUACGCUGAUAUCACCAAGCAGUCGUGGUCUGGGAAGUACAGCUACGUCACACCACGGCCUUUCAAGGUAAUUUAGGGUACCAGGGUUGGUGUCAAGUCCAUUUCCAUUCCAGGCAAUUCAGAAUGUAUACUGAAAUUCCAAUUAUCUUCAGUGCUUUCCAAGUGGGAAAAUGUGUAAUUGGAAUUUGGUUUACAUUCUGAAUUGAAAUGGAAAUGACCCCAACCAUGUACUGUACCCAUACCUACCUGCUGAAAUUCACAUGGGCUGAAAGUUGUUCCCUCACUUCUGCCUUGAUUCCUUGUCUGAUCGAAAUCGGAUUGAAAUGCAGCUAUGAUGUGCCCGAUCCCAAAUUGACCCACAAGCCACAACAACCGAGACUCUUGAGCAGUGAUGUAGUGGUAGAAAAAAUGGGUGGGUAAACACUGAUUUCCGUUUGUGGUGAAUAAAGUAAUGCUCCCUAUACAUUCAAUGCGGUUUUCCGCAAUAGUUGGGUAAACGUUUGCGCAAAAUAAAAAAGGUGCGUAAACAGUGUUUGUGUGUUUACCCUCGAUUACACCACUGCUCUUGAGUAGAAAUAUGGCAAUAGUACUACUUUGCUAACUGACUAUUUUGCUUCCUCUCAUUCAAUCUACACAAGUUCCCUAGGGGUGAGGUGUCAAUUUGGAAUUUCCUAUAUAUCUGUUGCUGAACCUGUUUUGUGUGUGUCUCUGUUCUCCCCUCCCUCCAGACCCAGGUGGGUCGCUUCGCCCCCCAGUUCUCAGGCUACCAGCAGCAGGACUCUCAUGAGCUGCUGGCCUUCCUGUUGGACGGUCUACACGAGGACCUGAACCGUAUCAGGAAGAAACCCUACAUCCUGCUCAAAGACGCCGAGGGCAGGCCUGACAAGGUCUGUUACUGCUAGCUUACUUUCACUCUUUAUUUUAUUGGUUUAGUUUCAUUCAUUUUACUAUUUGUCAGGGACCAUGCACAACAAAUACAUUGCACAAUAGCUACAGUACUCAGCUGGGCAACACUUUCUCUGUAAUCCCAGGUAGUCUUUGCGCUCUCUCUGGCACUCAACACUCAUUCAGUUGUUGUUGUGUGUUGAUUGUUUAAAUGGAAAUCUUUAUCUUUGAAGCCACCAUCUUGAGUUUUGUGUUUCAUCCCAAUUAGGCAUUUAUAUUCAAGAAUCAAUGGGUAUAUCAUUAAUUGAAAUUACCAAUUGAAUGGCAGGAAAUAUGCCAGAUCUUUCGCAAACUCUAUAACCUCAUCAUAUCGACUCUGUAGCCAAUGUGUUUCUGGAGGAGAACCAGUUGCAGUGGGAACAAACAGUGUUCCUAUCUCCAGUCACUCCGCUGUGUCAUUUUAGUCUGUGUUGAAAUGGUUUCUCAUAGCCCUGAGACAUGGCUGUAACCUCCCAUUAUUGUAGCUUAUAAAGUCUCUCUUCUAUGUUUCUGAUUGCUUUGCUUCCCUUCUGUAUGACUGUAGGCAUGUUUCUAGAGUAGAAACAGUGUACCACUCCAAAGUGUUACCUUGGUUUAUGUCAAAAUGGUUUCUCAGCCAUAUUCCUCCCCUCUGUGUGACUACUGUAGGUGUUUGCCGAGGAGGUGUGGGAAUAGUUGUACCACCACACACUCCGUGUCCCUUCACCCCGUAGUUUGAGUCUUUCCCUUCCCCUCUGUGUAAAUGUAGGUAGUGGCUGAGGAGAAGAGCAAAACCAGUAGUGGGAAUAAACGGUGUCAUAGUACUGUACCACCUCCAGACACUCCAUUGUUGCCCUCUAACCCUGUGUCAAAAAUGGUUCCUCACUAUCUUUCCUCACCUCUGUAGGUGGUGGCUGAGGAGGCAUGGGAGAACCACAUCAAGAGGAACGACUCCAUCAUUGUGGACAUCUUCCACGGCCUCUUCAAGUCCACCCUGGUGUGCCCAGUCUGCGCCAAGGUCUCCGUCACCUUUGACCCCUUCUGCUACCUGACCCUGCCGCUGCCCAUGAAAAAGGAGCGCACCCUGGAGAUCUACCUGGUCAGGUUGGACCCCCUGGCCAAACCCACACAGGUAACUACAGUAACUGGGUUGUAUUCAUUAGUGCACACCGUAGCAAAAGCUUUUGCAACUGAAAACAAAAAUAAGUGUUUCUUAUUGGAUAGCACCUCCCCGUUUUGGCCUGUUUGCUUCUGUUUUGUAUCUAGUGUAUAUGACCAAGGUCAGUCUGGACCCCCUGGCCAAACCCACACAGGUACUGAGCUGUUACCGCUUACCUAGAAAUGAGUCAUCCUUCACAUAUUGUGGUCACCCACAAUAUUCUCUGCUGUCCUCUGAAGUGGAUUUGAGUAGAUUUGAGUAUUUGUAAUCAGCUUAUGCUCUGAAUAGGGCCAGAUGGAAUCUGCAGGGAGGUCCUUUCUAUCAAUACCUUCUGAAGGCUUGGUGUAUAUUUAAUGAAUCUGCAGCUAUUCAUUCUUCAUGGGGCUUGGGGAAAUUUUGCUCCUGCGGAUUAAGUUAUGAGUUAAUCUUAGGAUCCCAGCUUAAUGGCCGUUUUGUCUUUCUCUGUGUUUCAGUAUAAACUGACUGUGCCCAAGGUGGGCUACAUAUCAGACCUCUGUACCUCGCUCUCCACUCUAUCUGAUGUCCCUGCUGAGAAGGUAAGAUACACACACACACACACACACACGUCUGUCCUGCUCUUAACUAAAUCAGUUCUCCCUCAAAAAAGUGUUUUUUACCCUCAAGGGAUGUUAUACCUGGUUAAAUAGAGGCUAAAUGAAAAUGUACGCUCUGGAAUGGUAUACAGUGCAUUCGGAAAGUAUUCAGACCCCUUCCCUUUUUCCAGAUUUUGUUAUGUUACAGCCUUAUUCUAAAAUGGAUUAAAUACAUUUAUUUCCUCUUCAAUCUACAAACAAGUUUUUUGAAUUUUUUGCACAUUUAAUAAAAAAAAAAACAGAUACGUUAUUGAGACUCGAAAUUGAGCUCAGGUGUAUCCUUUUUCCAUUGAUCACAUCAGAGCAAAUACCAAGCCGCGAGGUCAAAGGAAUUGUCCGUAGAGCUCCGAGACAGGAUUGUGUCAAGGCACAGAUCUGGAGAAGGGUACCAAAACAUUUCAUUUCUGCAGCAUUGAAGGUCCCCAAGAACACAGUGGCCUCCAUCAUUCUUAAAUGGAAGAAGUUUGGAACCACCAAGACUCAUCCUAGAGCUGGGUACCCAGCCAAAGUGCGCAAUCGGGGGAAAAGGGCGGUGACCAAGAACCCGAUGGUCACUGGUUCUUGGCAGCAUCCCUACGGUGAAGCAUGGUGGUGUGGGCAUCAUGCUGUGGGGAUGUUUUUAAGUGGCAGGGACUGGGAGACUAGUCAGGGUCGAGGGAAAGAUGAACGGAGCAAAGCGCUCAGGACCUCAGACUGGGGCGAAGGUUCACCUUCCAAAAUGACAGCGACCCUAAGCACACAGCCAAGAUAACGCAGGAGUGGCUUCGGGACAAGUCUCUGAAUGUCCUUGAAUGGCCAAGCCAGAGCCUGGACUUGAACCCGAUCGAACAUCUCUGGAGAGACCUGAAAAUAGCUGUGCAGCAAUGCUCCCCGUCCAACCUGACAGAACUUGAGAGGAUCUGCAGAGACGAAUGGGAGAAACUCCACAAAUACAGGUUUGCCAAGCUAGUAGCGUCAUACCCAAGAAGACUGUAAUCGCUGCCAAAGGUGCUUCAACAAAGUACUGAGUAAAGGGUCUGAAUACUUAUAUAAGAAAUUGAAAAAUCACAUUUACAUAUUUAUACAUUAGCAAAACAUUUGAAAAACCUGGUUUUGUUUUGUCAUUAUGGGGUUUUGUGUGUAGAUUGAUGAGGGAAAAAAAGCAAUUGAAUCCAUUUUAGAAUACAGCUGUAACGUAACAAAAUGUGGAAAAAGUCAAGGGGUCUGAAUACUUUCUGAAUGCACUGUGUGUGUACUUAAGAUGUUUAUAUUUUCUUUCCAAAUUCAGAUGAUUGUAACAGAUAUCUACAACCAUCGGUUCCAUCGGAUCUUUGCCACCAAUGAGAACCUCAGCAGCAUCAUGGAGAGGGACGACAUCUAUGUGUGAGUGUCAGAUACAGACUAUUCUGAUGAAGGCAGUUGGAUGAAGCGCUGUCUACUCCCCCUCCAGUGUAAGAUAUGAGAAACCUGGGUCGUAUUCAUUAGUCACCAAACAGAAGGGCAUGGACUGAAACAGGGAGGGACUACCUGAACCUGUCCAAUAGGAAACACUCAGUGUUCCCUUGCAAAACAUUUUGCUACGGUAUGCCCUAAUGAAUACGACCUUUAACUUACCAACGAUGCAGACAUCUGCAACACAUUCACCCUACCCUAUACAGUGCCUUGCAAAAGUAUUCAUCCCCCUUGGCAUUUAUCCUAUUUUGUUGCAUUACAACCUGUAAUUUAAAUUGAUUUUUAUUUGGAUUUCAUGUAAUGGACAUACACAAAAUAGUCCAAAUUGGUGAAGUGAAAUAAAAAAAAAUACUUGUUUCAAAAAAUUCAAAAAAAUAAAUAACGGAAAAGUGGUGCGUGCAUAUUUAUUCACCCCCUUUGCUAUGAAGCCCCUAAAUAAGAUCUGGUGCAACCAAUUACCUUCAGAAGUCAAAUAAUUAGUUAAAUAGUCCACCUAUGUGCAAUCUAAGUGUCACAUGAUCUCUGUAUAUAUACACCUGUUCUGAAAGGCCCCAGAAUCUGCAACACCACUAAGCAAGGGGCACCACCAAGCAAGCGGCACCAUGAAGACCAAGGAGCUCUCCAAACACGUCAGGGACAAAGUUGUGGAGAAGUACAGAUCAGGGUUGUGUUAUAAAAAAAUAUCCGAAACAUUGAACAUCCCACGGAGCACCAUUAAAUCCAUUAUUUAAAAAAUGGAAAGAAUAUGGCACCACAACAAACCUGCCAGGAGAGGACCGCCCACCAAAACUCAUGGACCAGGCAAGGAGGGCAUUAAUCAGAGAGGCAACAAAGAGACUAAAGAUAACCCUGAAGGAGCUGCAAAGCUCCACAGCGGAGAUUGGAGUAUCUGUCCAUAGGACCACUUUAAGCCGUACACUCCACAGAGCUGGGCUCUUUGGAAGAGUGGCCAGAAAAAGCCAUUGCUUAAAGAAAAGAAUGAGCAAAUGUGUUUGGUGUUCGCCAAAACAUAUGGAAGAAGGUACUCUGGUCAGAUGAGACUAAAAUUGAGCUUUUUGGCCAUCAAGGAAAACGCUGUGUCUGGCGCAAACCCAACACCUCAUCACCCCGAGAACACCAUCCCCACAGUGAAGCAUGGUGGUGGCAGCAUCAUGCUGUGGGGAUGUUUUUCAUCGGCAGGGACUGGGAAACUGGUCAGAAUUGAAGGAAUGAUGGAUGGCGCUAAAUACAGGGAAAUUCUUGAGGGAAACCUGUUUGUCUUCCAGAGAUUUGAGACUGGGACGGAGGUUCACCUUCCAGCAGCUAAAGCAACACUCGAGUGGUUUAAGGGGUAACAUUUAAAUGCCUUGGAAUGGCCUAGUCAAAGCCCAGAGCUCAAUCCAAUUGAGAAUCUGUUGUAUGACUUAAAGAUUGCUGUACACCAGCGGAACCCAUCCAACUUGAAGGAGCUGGAGCAGUUUUGCCUUGAAGAAUGGGCAAAAAUCCCAGUGGCUAGAUUUGCCAAGCUUAUAGAGACAUACCCCAAGAGACUUGCAGCUGUAAUUGCUGCAAAAGGUGGCUUUACAAAGUAUUGACUUUUGGGGGGUGAAUAGUUAUGCACGCUGAAUUUUUUAUUUUAUUUUUGUCUUAUUUCUUGUUUGUUUCACAAUAAAACAUAUUUUGUAUCUUCAAAGUGGUAGGCAUGUUGUGUAAAUGAAAUGAUACAAACCCCCCAAAAAUCAAUUUUAAUUCCAGGUUUUAAGGCAACAAAAUAGGAAAAAUGCCAAGGGGGGGUGAAUACUUUUGCAAGCCACUGUAGUUCUGUAGCUUUGAGGUUGCAGUGCAUUUGUUCUUAAUAACUAACUUAACGUAGCAGGCGUCUGAGCGGGGUUUCUUUCUUUCUUGUCCUGAUGAGAAAGAAAAAAACAGAACAGAUUGUCUUCUGCACUGUUGAACCAAUCCAGUAAAUGUGGAGGAGGAAUUAAGAUGGAGUGUCGCCUUGUUAACGUCCAAAAGCGGUAGUCGCGUCACAGGGUCUUUCCAUUUCCCCUGAAAACCGGAUGCAUCUGGUUGUUGCCGAGCCUGCAAACGGUGGUUCUUAACUGACUUGCCAUGGUAAAUGAAGGUUAAAUUAAUGGGGGGAAAAAUAACUCUCUCCUUGUUGUACAGCUUUGAGGUGGCAGUGAACCGGCUGGAGGACACAGACCAUGUGGUGAUCCCAGUCCACCUUAGAGAAAAGUACAAGCAGUCAGGGUACAACCACACCUCCACUCCUCUGUUUGGCCAGCCCUUCCUCAUCACUGUCCCCAGAACACUCAGCGAGGACAAGCUCUACAACAUGCUGCUGCUACACCUCUGGUGGGUCACACACACACUCUUACAUGCAUACAGUUUAUUCGGAAAGUAUUCAAACCCAUUGACUUUUUCCACAUUUUGUUACGUUACAGCCUUAUUCUAAAAUUGAGUAAAUUGUAUUUUUUUCUAAUCAAUCUACACACAAAACCCCAUAAUGACAGUCAAAACUGGUUUUUACAAAUGUUUGCAAAUGUAUUUAAAAAAACAAACAGAAAUACCUUAUUUACAUAAGUAUUCAGACUCUUUGCUAUGAGACUCGAAAUUGAGCUCAGGUGCAUCCUGUUUCCAUUGAUCAUCCUUGAGAUGUUUCUACAACUUGAUUGGAGUCCACCUGUGGUAAAUUCAAUUGAUUGGACAUAACUUGGAAAGGCACACACCUUUCUAUAUAAGGUCCCAUGAGGUCGAAGGAAUUGUCCAUAGAGCUCCGAGACAGGAUUGUGUCGAGGCACAGAUCAGGGGAAGGCUUCCAAAACAUUUCUGCAGCAUUGAAUGUCCCCAAGAAUACAGUGGCCUCCAUCAUUCUUAAAUGGAGGAAGUUUGGGAACCACCAAGACUCUUCCUAGAGCUGGGCACUCGGCCAAACUGAGCAAUCGGGGGAGAAGGGCCUUGGUCAGGGAGGUGACCAAGAAUCCGAUGGUCACUCUGACAGAGCUCCAGAGUUCCUCUGUGGAGGUGGAAGAACCUUCCAGAAGGACAACCAUCUCUGCAGCACUCCACCAAUCAGGCCUUUAUGGUAGAGUGGCCAGAUGGAAGCCACUCCUCAGUAAAAGUUACAUGACCACCCACUUGGAGUUUGCCAGAAGGCACCUAAAGGACUCUCAGACCAUAUGAGAAACAAUAUUCUCUGGACUGAUGAAACCAAGAUUGAACUAUUUGGCCUGAAAAUGCACCAAUUUGUAAGUCUGCUAAAUGACGUAAAUGUAAUACCAAGCGUUACGUCUGGAGGAAACCUGGCACCAUCCCUACGGUGAAGCAUGGUAGUGACAGCAUCAUGCUGUGGGGAUGUUUUUCAGUAGCAGGGACUGGGAGACUAGUCAGGAUCGAGGGAAAGAUGAACAGAGCAAAGUACAGAAAGAUCCUUGAUGAAAUCCUGCUCCAGAGCGCUCAGGACUUCAGACUGGGGCAAAGGAUCACCUUCCAACAGGACAACGACCCUAAGCACACAGCCAAGACCAUGCAGGAGUGGCUUCGGGACAAGUCUCUGAGUGUCCUUGAGUGGCCCAGCCAGAGCCCGGACUUGAAUCCGAUCUAACAUCUCUGGAGAUACCUGAAAAUAGCUGUACAGCGACGCUCCCCAUCCAACCUGACAGAGCUUGAGAGGAUCUGCAAAGAAGAAUGGGAGAAACUCCCCAAAUACAGGUAUGCCAAGCUUGUAGCGUCAUACCCAAGAAGACUCAAAGCUGUAAUCGCUGCCAAAGGUGCUUCAACAAAGUUCUGAGUAAAGGGUCUGAAUACUUAUGUAAAUGUGAUAUUUCCGUUUUUGCUUUGUCAUUAUGGGGUAUUGUGUGUUGAUUUGAGUUAAAAAAGCAAUUUAUUCAAUUUUAGAAUAAGGCUUUAACGUAACAAUAUGUGGAAAAAUCAGGGGGUCAGAAUACUUUCCGAAUGCACUGUACAUACAUACAUGCGCUUUACAACAUGCUGCUGCUACGCAUCUGGUGGUUAGUAACCAUUUCAGAAACUGCCGCUAACUAACCUUGUACUCUGCGCUCUUGUUAAGUACUUAGCCUAAUUGUGACAGAUGUUGCUGUAAAAAGGGCUAUAUAAAUACUUUUGAUUGCUCUUUUCAUUGUUUCUAAGGAACCUUUUUAGUUUCUAGUGUAAACUAGGCUUUGACACAAUGUCACGAUUUUAUAUGUUUUCUCAUGAAAUGUUUUAUACUCUUGGAGCACUGAAGAACUGAGUAAUAACAUCACUGAGGGUGGAAUGAUUUUGAGGGUGGAUGUUUCUUUCUCCGGGGGGAGCAUAUCAAUUAUGUUGAGCGGUUAGAUGUUGUUGAAGUAUGUCUGUAUGUAUUGAAUGGUAACUGAUUAUAUUAAUAUUGUGUAUUUGUGUUGUAUGGUACAGUCGGUUUGUGCGUUCUGUCAUUGAGGAGGACGACACUGAGGAGACAACCCCCUCUUCUAAAGAACACACUGUCAAUGGCAACGCUACCAAUGGAGUCAUGGAGGAGGGCUCGCCCAGUACGUAACACACACACGCUCAAACACAUACACAUGCGCUCACCUGGGCGUUUUUACUGAAGAAUGUGUUUGUUUCAUAUGAUUGUGUGUUGUGUUUCCCUUUGAUGUAUUUUGUAAUUGAUGUGUAAAUUGAUGUGAUGGGGCGGCAGGUAGCUUAGUGGUUAAGAGCGUUGUGCCAGUAACCGAAAGGUUGCUGUUUCUAAUCCCCAAGCCGACUACGUGAAAAAUCUGUCGGUGCCCUUGAGCAAGGCACUUAACCCUAAUUGCUCCUGUAAAUCGCUCUGGAUAAGUGAUUGUUUUAUUGAUGUGUUCAUGCAGGGCUCAUCUACGAAAGAGACUGUGGUCUCAGCAUUAAAUAAAGGUUAAAUAAAAAAUGUAACCCCUGUCGAUAAAGCUAUUUCAAAAUCUGAUCGGCUGAUCCACUCCAUUCCAGGUGAGAUGGAGACUGACGAGCAGGAUGGAGACGACGAAUCCAGUCAGGACAAGGAGCUGCCCUCUGAGAACGACAACAGCCAAUCAGAAGACUCUGUGGGUGGCGGGGACAACGAGCUGGAGAACGGGGUUGGUCCAGAGGGAGAGAACUCGGGGACCAAAUGUCACCAGAACCAGACGUCUACGACGAUGGGGGAGAAGAAUAGAUUGUUUACAUUCCAGUUUAACAACAUGGGCAAGACGGACUUCAGCUUAAUCAAGGAGGAACCGCGGCAGAUCCGGUUCGACGAGGGACACCUCAGACUCAGUGGUAAGUUGGCCAUUUUACAUUCAGUACGCAGAUGAAGUCACAACCCUCCAAUAAAGAUAAAAACAUGGUAACGUUCUAGUAACAUUUAUACUUAUUGUAAGCACUAAGCAGUGCCUCUACUAGUUGUUAAUGCACAAUCCACCUUUCUCUUUCUAUUACAUUCUCACCUUUACAAUGAGUCUUAAAGGGUAUAUUGCUUUCUUCCUGUAACAGACAGGUCCUAUCUCUCUUUGGACUGGGAACCAGAGGUAAAGAAGAAACACUUUGAUGAGAGUAUCAUAGAGGUAAGGCUUUCUACUCUCUUUUAACACUAGAAACCAUUUUACCUACACUACCCUCCGUAUUUAUUUGGACAGUGAAGAUAAUAUGUGUAAAUUUGGCCCUAUACUCCAGCAUUUUCUAUUUGAGAUCAAAUGUUUCAUAUAAGGGGUGAGGGUAGUUUCAUACAUAUGUUUUACCAUUUAGAAAUGAAUUCACUAUGUAUCUAGUCCCCCAAUUGGAAUACUUUUUUUUCAUAAGUAUUUGGACAAAUUAACUUAUAGGGUAUUAAAGUAGUCAAAAGUUUAGUAUUUGGUCCCAUAUUCCUAGACUAAAACAAGCUUGUGACUCUACAGACUUGUUGGAUGCAUUUGCAGUUUGUUUUGGUUGUGUUUCGGAUAAUGUUUUGCCCAAUAGGAACUGAAUGGUGAAUAGUGUAUUGUCAUUUUGGAGUCACUUUUAUUGUAAAUAGGAAUAAACUUCUACAUGAAUGUGAAUGGUACCAUGAUUAUGGAUAAUCAUGAAUGAAUUAUGAAUAAUGAUACGUGAGAAAGUUACUGAGAAACAAAGAUCAUACCCCCCCCGAUAAUGCUAACCACCCCUGUUAUUGGUAAUGGUGAGAAGUUAGCAUUUUUUGGGGGGUAUGAUCUUUGUUCCUCUGUAACUUUCUCACUCAUCAUUAUGACAGGUGACAUUCUGUACUGUCGCCUCAUAUAAAACAUUUGAUCUCAAAUCCAAAAUGCUGGAGUAUAGAGCCAAAUGUACAAAUUUUUGCGUCACUGUCUAAAUAUAUACAGAAAGGAGUGUAUAUCAAUUCAUGUCAGACUCCUCUGUAUGGAUGUCUAUGUGUCUGUCCUUAUGCAUUCAAACUAGAACAGUUUUUCCCAAACCUGGUGUGCUAGUUUGUAGAUCAAAUAGUUGGAAUGGCUGGAGGUAUUUGAGGAGAGGCUUGGGAAACACUGUUGUAGAACGAAUGUCUCUCUUUAAGCCUUUGAUGGUAAUAAUACUGUACUAAAUAAGUAAUAACCAAAAUCUCGCUCUGCCUGUGAACAGGACUUUGAGAAGCAUGAGAGCAUGGAGUAUAAGCCUCAGAAGAAAGCCUUCUUCAAGCUGAAAGACUGCAUCGAGCUGUUCACCACCAAAGAGAAGCUCGGAGCUGAGGACCCAUGGUGAGACUUACCUUCAUAUUGUCAAGGCUAAUAGAGAAAAUAAUGAACAUUUAAAAGAAUAGUUUACUCAAAAUACAAAUUAACAUGGUAUUAGUCUCGGUUAACCCAGAACUAAAAUCUUCUGUAAUUUUGUCAGAUGUGUAAUUUAUCCUGGCUGUCUCAGGUACUAAGAAAGGGUAUGCUUUUUUAAAUUGUCAAAUAAAAUAUAAUAAUUCAUCCAUCUAUCCCAGGUACUGUCCGAACUGCAAGGAGCACCAGCAGGCCACUAAGAAGCUGGACCUGUGGUCUCUGCCUCCAGUCCUAGUGAUCCAUCUGAAACGUUUCUCCUACAGCAGAUACAUGAGGGACAAGCUGGAUUCAUUAGUCGAUUUCCCACUCAGGUACGGUUUUGACCAGAUGGCCAUUCUUUUCUGUAAAAAUAAGCUGUCAUGUCAAAGUUUAUUAACAAGUAAAUUAUGUAAAUUAAAAACACUGUUCCCCUAAGACUUAAAGGGAUACUUUAGGAUUUUGUUCUACUUCCCCAGAGUCCGAUGAACUCGAGGAUACCAUUUUUAUGUCUCUGCGAGCAGUUUGAAGGAAGUUGCUAACAUGCAUACUAACUGUAAGUCGCUCUGGAUAAGAGCGUCUGCUAAAUGACUAAAAUGUAAAAUGUAAAUGUAAUGCAUGCCCAUACACUUUUUGGGCGGGGUAGGCUGUCAUUGCAAAAAGUUUCUUCUUUUUUUGUUAGGGGUUAGAUCAGCUUUAAUAUUGCAGAUAGAUUGUAACUUCCAUCAAUGUAAUUAUCUGCAUCACUUCCAAUCCCCCAUAUGUUUUUUUCUCUCGCAAAUAUAUAUAAAUAUACAGUCGUGGUCAAAAGUUUUGAGAAUGACACAAAUAUUAAUUUUCACAAAGUCUGCUGCCUCAGUUUUGAUGAUGGCAAUUUGCAUAUACUCCAGAAUGUCAUGAAGAGUGAUCAGAUGAAUUGCAACUAAUUGCAAAGGCCCUCUUUGCCAUGAAAAUGAACUUAAUCCCCCAAAAACAUUGCCACUGCAUUUCAGCCCAGCCACAAAAGGACCAGCUCCAUCAUGUCAGUGAUUCUCUCGUUAACACAGGUGAGAGUGUUGACGAGGACAAGGCUGGAGAUCACUCUGUCAUGCUGAUUGAGUUAGAAUAACAGACUGGAACCUUUAAAAGGAGGGUGGUGCUUGACAUCAUUGUUCUUCCUCUGUUAACCAUGGUUACAUGCAAGGAAACACGUGCCGUCAUCAUUACUUUGCACAAAAAGGGCUUCACAUGCAAGGAUAUUGCUGCUAGUAAGAUUGCACCUAAAUCAACCAUAUAUCGGAUCAUCAAGAACUUCAAGGAGUGAGGUUCAAUUGUUGUGAAGAAGGCAUCAGGGCGCCCAAGAAAGUCCAGCAAGCUCCAGGACCGUCUCCUAAAGUUGAAUCAGCUGUGGGAUCGGGGCACCACAAGUGCAGAGCUUGCUCAGGAAUGUCAGCAGGCAGGUGUGAGUGCAUCUGCACGCACAGUGAGGCGAAGACUUUUGGAGGAUGGCCUGGUGUCAAGAAGGGCAGCAAAGAAGCCACUUCUCUCCAGGAAAACAUCAGGGACAGACUGAUAUUCUGAAAAAGGUACAGGCAUUGGACUGCUGAGGACUGGGGUAAAGUCAUUUUCUCUGUUGAAUCCCCUUUUCGAUUGUUUGGGGCAUCCGGAAAAUACCUUGUCCGGAGAAGACAAGGUGAGCGCUACCAUCAGUCCUGUGUCAUGCCAACAGUAAAGCAUCCUGAGACCAUUCAUGUGUGGGGUUGCUUCUCAGCCAAGGGAGUGGGCUCACUCACAAUUUUGCCUAAGAACACAGCCAUGAAUAAAGAAUGGUACCAACACAUCCUCCGAGAGCAACUUCUCCCAACCAUCCAAUAACAGUUUGGUGAUGACCAAUGCCUUUUCCAGCAUGAUGGAGCACCUUGCCAUAAGGCAAAAGUGAUAACUAAGUGGUUUGGCGAACAAAACAUCGACAUUUUGGGUCCAUGGCCAGGAAACUCCCCAGACCUUAAUCCCAUUGAGAACUUUUGGUCGAUCCUCAAGAGGCGGGUGGACAAACAAAAACCCACAAAUUCUGACAAACUCCAAGCAUUGAUUAUGCAAGAAUGGGCUGCCAUCAGUCAGGAUGUGGCCCAGAAGUUAAUUGACAGCAUGCUAGGGCGGAUUGCAGAGGUCUUGAAAAAGAAGGGUCAACACUGCAAAUAUUGACUCUUUGCAUAAACUUAAUGUAAUUGUCAAUGAAAGCCUUUGACACUUAUGGAAUGCUUGUAAUUAUACUUCAGUAUACCAUAGUAACAUCUGACAAAAUAUCUCAUAACACUGAAGCAGCGAACUUUGUGAAGACCAAUACUUGUGUCAUUCUCAAAACUUUUGACCACGACUGUAUUUAUACAUAUACAUGCACAUACAUAAAUAUAAAUACAUAUAUAUAUAUAUAUAUAUAUAUAUAUAUAUAUAUAUAUAUAUAUAUAUAUAUAUAUAUAUAUAUAUAUAUAUAUAUAUAUACCCUUUAAAAAAAUAUAUUUCCCUUUAUUACUUUCCAACCCCACCACCCCUUCCCUAAUUGGAGUAAACUAGUGAACAACAAUGCUUAGGCCUCUACUUCCAGCUUAUACAUACUAUAUACAUUUUGUGGACACAGUCAAUUUUACAAUAAUUCUAUUUUGUUUGUUUUUACUCAUGAACUUCCUCAGCCUCUCCGAUCAUUUUCAUGAUGUCCAUCCGGUUUGCUUCUAUAUGCCAUUUACAUUUUAGUCAUUUAGCAGACGCUCUUAUCCAGAGCGACUUAGUUAGUGAGUGCAUACAUUUUCAUACUGGCCCCCCGUGGGAAACGAACCCACAACCCUGGUGUUGCAAGCGCCAUGCUCUACCAACUGAGCUACAGGGGACUAUCUUUCUAACUGUGCUCUUUCACAAAAGCUCUCAACCUAUAACCUAUAUACUUAUUAUGGACACAGUACGCUUUACAUUAGUUAUCUUGUUGUUAUUAGUUGUUGUUAUUAGUGCCAUCCUUCAACACCACCCAUCUAUCUCUUAACACCAUCCAUAUUGGAUUUCUAUUUGCCAUAUAUUUUUCAACUGCACUGUGAUGUUUUACAAAAGUUCUCAACCCUUCUAUUCUCAUUGUUUCUACAGAUUGUAAAUUGAAAAUAAACAUUUUUGCUAAAAGUAUUAUUAUAUUAUUGAUCGAUUUGACUGACUUUUCAGAUUCUGUCCUCCGUAUUUAUAUUCAUUAUAUAAAUAGGCCCGUUUAAUUUUGUCUGGCUUGCCGUUCCAAAUAAAAUGGAAUCUUUUUUUCUCAUAUAAUUUAAAAAACCGUUCGCUAGGCGUAGGCAAGACCAUAAGCAAAUAGGUAAACUGGGAUAAUACUAAAGAGUUAAUCAGGGUGAUUUUUCCACAAAUUUACAGGUAUUUACCUUUCCAUGGUAGCAAGAUCUUAUCUAUUUUUGCUAACUUUCUAUUAAAAUGUAUUGGAAAGAGAUCAUUUAUUUCAUUUGGGAUAUGUAUUCCGAGUAUAUCCACAUCACCAUCAGACCAUUUUAUUGGUAAACUACAUGGUAAUGUAAUUUUUUUAAUUUUUUAGUGAUCCAAUACGUAAUAUUGGAUUUAUCAUAAUUUGGUUGUAAUCCGAAGAGAGGUUAGAAAGUGUAUCUAGAUCCUCUGAGGCUGUGGAGGGAUUUAAGUUUUGGAUUUAAAAGAAAACAUGAAUCAUCAGCGUUCAAUGACACCUUUGUUUUUAAGCCCUGGAUUUCUAAUCCCUUGAUAUUAUUGUUGGAUCUGAUUUUAAUAGCUAACAUUUCGAUGGCCGUAAUAAAUAGAAUGCCGUUAGUGGACAACCUUGUUUCACUCCUCUUGACAGUUUAAAACUUUCGGAGAAAUAGCCAAACCUGUCUGAUUAGAAUUAAUAAUGUCCGACAAUACCUUUUUAAUUCUAUGCGCUAUACAUUUUGCUAGAAAUUUUGCAUCACAUCACUGAAGUGUAAGGGGCCUCCAAUUUUUUUAAUGGACUGGAUCUUUAUAUUUUCCACUUGUAUCCUGUUUCAGUAAUAAUAAAUCAGACCUUCUUGAGUGUCUGAUAAUCUACCAUUUACAUAGGAGUGGUUAAAACAUGCUAAUAACCGUCCUCUGAGUAUAUCAAAAAAGGUUUGGUAUACCUCGACUGGUAUGCCAUCCAACCCUAGAGUUUUCCCGGACUUAAAGUCUUUAAUUGCAUCCAGAAGUUCCUCCUCUGUAAUUUCACCUCCUAUGAGUCUUUCUGUAUGGCUGUUAAUUUUACAUUAUCAAUAGAAUAAAAAAAUCUCUACAAUUAGCUUCAGUUAUUGGAGAUGGAGGCGACUGAAACGAAAACGUAUGCUUAAAGUACUUUGUUUCUUCCUUCAAAAUAUAAUUUGGUGAAUCAUGGGUGACUCCGUCAUUUGUAACCUGUUUCAGUAAAUUAUUUUUGGUAGCAUUUCUAUGUUGAAGAUUAAAAAAAGAAUAUGGUGCAUUUUUCCCCAUAUUCCAUCCAGUUAGCUUUAUUUUUUAUAAUAUAUUACACUUGAUCUUUCUUGAAUAAGUUUCUCCAUUUCUUUUUGUGUUUCCUCUAAUUUAUUCUGAUCCUCUAUGUUAGUUUUUAUUGCUAUCUAUCUGUUCUGUUAGACCUUCUAUUUCCUUUGUAUGGGACUCUUUUGACCUAAAUUGCUUUUGUUUUCGAGAUGAGUACUGAAUUGCAUGGCCUCUAAAGGCACAUUUAAAAGUGUACCAUACAAUAAGGGGCAUUUGCUGUACCUAUGUUAUGUCGGAAAAAAAUCAGUUAUAAAUUCCUCUGUCCUAGUUAAAAACAAGUUAUCAUCUUUUAUUAAAUUUACAAUUUCCUCGCCCACUUGAAAAUUCAGUAAGAGUAAUGUAUAUGCCAAUUAUAUGAUGGUCUGACCGCAUUCUGUCCCCUAUCAACACUUUUAAAACUUUUGGUGCCAACGAGAAUGACAUAAGAAAGAAGUCAAGACGACUAGCUUGAUUGAGUCUCCGCCAUGCAUAUCUCACUAGAUCAGGACAUUUAAGCCUCCAUAUAUCUACUAGUUGUAAUGUAUCCAUGACAUUCACGAUUUCCUUAAGAGCAUGAGGGUGAUAGUUUGUAGUGUGAUUUGCUUUACGGUCCAUUGAGCUAUUUAAAACGGUAUUAUAAUCUCCCACCAUAAUAAUAGAGUCUUGAAUUGCUUGCAGGGUUGAUGUUGUUCUUAACUGACUUGCCUAGUUAAAUAAAGGUGAAAUAUAUUUUUUUUUUAAACACUUCCAGUCAUUGUGCUAAAGCUAGUUAGCAUUGGCUCGCAAAACAACCUCUAACUUCCUUCAUACAGGAUACAGACAUAAAAAUGGUAUCCACAAGUUAAUCUGACUCUGGGGAAGCAGUUAAAUGCCUCAUUGCCAAAAUGAAGUAUCCCUUUAAGUUGUAAAUCACUUAUACAAAUGUUGAAUAUCUCUUGAAGAGAAAACAAGGAAUGCUCCCCCUCAUGAAUGGUUCUUUGUGUGAUUCUCUCUCCAGUGACAUGGAAAUGUCAGAGUUCCUGAUCGACCCUAAUACUGGUCCCUGUCGCUACGAUCUCAUUGCGGUCUCCAACCACUACGGAGGCAUGGGAGGAGGACACUGUAAGUCUGAUUUUAAGUCUCCUUAUUUGACAAUUUAGUCAUUAACACUAGAAGCGCAGACGACGUCGUUUGAACGUAAUGUGUAUUCAAAAUUGUACAUUCAGACAUUGCUAGCCAUAGUGUUUUCCGAGUUGAUUCAAACAAGGUAGUUGAACCAACAGUCUUAAUUCAAUGCUUGCUUGUAGCAGACAAAUGCUGAUCUUCUCAUCUUAUUUUUGGGACACUUAGAUACUGCUUAUGCGAAGAACAAGGAUGAUGGCAAGUGGUACAACUUUGACGACAGCAGUGUCUCUCCAGCCAACGAAGAUCAGAUAGUGGUGAGUUUCAUGGUCCUCUAACAUCUUGUCAGAUACACAGCACUGCCCAGUGUGAAUUGAAUGUGCACUUCAUAUUAUACUGUACUGUAAGCCAUUAACCUGCAUCCUGAAUGUGUAUGAUGUUAUAACAAUUUGGAUAUAGCUUUUCAGUUCUCAAGUUUCAUUUUGUUAUAACUACACUGUAUAUCAAGUUACUGUGCUGCUGUGUGUAACUGUGUGUGUGUGUUUGUUCAGUCCAAAGCAGCGUACGUGCUGUUCUACCAGCGCCAGGACACAGUGAAAGGAACAGGCUACUUCGAUCUGGACCGAGAGGAGGAGGAGAGAGAGGAGGUGGAGGAGAACGGAGAAGGGAAGGAGGAGAGGAAGAGCGUCGCCUCAACCCAGCGGGCCUCUGCUUCAGUCCAGAGUGACAAAGAGGAUGUCAAUGACAAUAAGAAUGAGAAAAAGCAGGAGGAGCAGGAGCCUAGCUGUGACGUCACCAUGAAAACCAACUGAGCUGGAGAAACGGAGACAGGAAUAUCCAUCCAAAGCCAUAUCGACAGACAGAGCAGUGGGCCAGCCCUGAGGCUGCGCUCUGACCCCAUCCAGCCCUACAAAGAGUGGGCUACCAGGGGAAACUGUCCACUGAGAAGUUAGUCAGUGCUGGAACACCCAAGCAACAUUACUAAAGCAAUCAGGGCCUAUAGAUGUCUGUGGUCUGACCGACCGGUCUUAUCCAGGUCGCAGUGAGUCUCCUCCAUGUCCAUUCUACAUGAAUCAUCCACUCUGGAGGAAAAAAAAUGUAAAGCUCUGUUCUGAUUUUGAACAAUGACAUCAUACUGAAAUCAAAUAGAUCCAUUAGAAGCUUUAGGAAGGCCUGCAUUACGGAGUUCAGUUCAUCAUAGUAUAAAACACAGAAUGUCACAGUGCAGUGGUGUCGCUGCUUCGAACUGAUACUCCCUCCCUCCCACCCACCUGCUUAUCUUUUGUUUCAAAAAAAUAUUUUUGAGAGAGCAAUGCAUUGCCAUACCAUUUUACCAUUAUUAUUAAGCAAGGCCUGAAGACUGAAUUAUUAUUAGGUUUUCAUGAUGCUCUGAAGCUUUUUUGGGAAUUCGUCCUAAUACUUUCAUUUUGUUACACAAUCACCUCCACCCCAUUUUUUUUUUUUAUGAAUCGUAUAUUAGUGCCACGUACUGA